AUUUUAGGGCAUUUAUUUUCACAAAUACAAUCAGAUAAAUAUAGUAGUGGCAAGGUGAGAAAACAUUUCCCAGUCACUUCCACCUGAUUUAUUGGUGCAAAUAUGCGUCUUAAAACUGGGGUCUGUUUUGACGGCAGGGGUGCUUUCUAAGGCACAACACCGGCGCUAGCUGACGGUUAGCUUCAGCUAGCUACCGUAGCAACCUGGGCUGACAUUCCGUGACAAGGAGAAAGUGAAGAAAAACGGGCAGACUCAAUGAAAACACUCGGUAGGUCAUAUCAGAGGAGUGGGAAUGACAGACACUCCACCCAGUGAUGGGCCCUCCCAGGGAGCUGAGUUUGACAUGAUGGGAGCUCUGGACUGGAAGGAUGGUAUUGCUACACUUCCAGGCAGUGACAUCAGGUUCCGCAUGACGGAGUUUGGUACCCUUGAGAUAGUCACAGACGUAGAGGUCAAAGGGCAGGAGGCAGAGGCUAAUCGUGAGAUCUUGAACCCAGUGCCGUCUCACACUCCCACCCCUCCACCCGAAGUCCAGUCACAGGCCAGCACGGCCACAGCUCUGGUCAGUCGGAGCAAACCGGGCUCAUCUCAAGCUAAAGAGGGGGACCCUGGCAUGGAGGUUGGCCCCAGGGUUAAAGCUGCUUCUGGUACAGAUCUGGGUCCAAACGGGGAGCUGUUAAGGUGUCGGUCCUGUGGUGGACCCGUUUCUAGGAACGCCCUUAUAGAGGGAAAAUACUGUAGCUCUUGUGUUCAGCCUUCAAGCGGCAGAUCUUCUCCAGCAGAAGCCCGCGACAGUCAGGCAGUGGAGGGUGAGCGACUGGGGAAACGUGUUCGGAAAAAGAGGAGGAUCUACAUGGAUUCUGGUGAUGAAGAGGAUGACAAUCAAGAAGAACCAGAGGAAAAGGCUAAGUCUACCAAAGGCAGGAGGGGAGCCAAAAUGGCCAAACUUGUGCCUGCCACGCCCAAUAAGAAGCGGGCAUGGAGCUGGCCUGCUUACCUGGAGGAGGGGCGGACCAUUGCUGCACCUGUGAAACUUUUCAAAGAGCACCAGUCGUUUCCUCAAAGCAGGAACAGUUUUAAGGUUGGAAUGAAGCUGGAAGGGCUCGAUCCGUCUCACCCGUCUCUCUUUUGUGUGCUCACUGUUGCAGAGAUCCAAGGUUACAGAGUCAGACUCCACUUCGAUGGUUACCCUGAGUGCUACGACUUCUGGGCUAAUGCUGACUCCUGGGAUCUGAAGCCAGCCGGGUGGUGUGAGAAGAACGGACACAAGUUAUUACUGCCUAAAGGCUGUAAAGAAGGAGAGUUUAACUGGAGUACGUAUGUAAAAAACUGCAGAGGCCAACUGGCUCCAAAACAUCUUUUUAAGAGCCUCAACACAUCUGUGACUCCAUCUGGAUUUAGAGCUGGGAUGAAACUGGAGGCAGCCGACAGGAAGAACCCCUUGCAGAUCUGUGUAGCAACAAUCACUGCUGUUGUCGACAACCGCCUUCUGAUUCACUUUGACAGUCUGGAUGACACACAUGAUUAUUGGUGUGAUGCCAGCAGUCCAUACAUACAUCCUGUUGGUUUCUGUGAAGAAGCUCAGUUGACUCUAAUAACUCCACCCGAACAUAAAGAUCCCAAGAAUUUCUCAUGGGAAAAGUACAUGGAGGAAGCGGGAGCACAAGCUGCUCCUGCAAGAGCUUUCAAACCGCGACCUCCUCAUGGCUUCCAGGUUGGGAUGAAAGUGGAAGCCGUUGAUAAGAGGAACCCCAUGCUCGUCCGUGUAGCUACCAUAGCGGACACAGAGGACCACCGACUGAAGAUCCACUUUGAUGGCUGGAAUAUGGAUUAUGACUACUGGGUUGAGACAGAUUACCCGGAUCUGCACCCAGUCGGAUGGUGUCAGAAAACUGGACACCCAUUGCAGCACCCCAACAGCACGAGUGAUUUACUGCCUGCCCCGGGACAAGGCUGUCCCACCCCAGGAUGCAACGGGGUCGGACACAUCAGGGGGCCUCGCUAUGGGACACACUACACCCAGGUGAGCUGCCCCUACUCUGAGAUGAACCUGAACAAGGAGGGCUUGUUGCCAGACCGUCUCGGUGGAGAGCGACCUCUCGUCCUCAGCGGGCCUCCGGCGCGGGGGCGGCGCCCCGACCAGCACCCGAACAAUCCAACGCAGACCACAUCGGCCCUGGCACAGAGCGAGCCGCCCCUGGAUCCUCAGAGCAGGAAACCAGCACCUGUGGAAGCGGAGCAUUCAGAAUGCAACAACCAGUCAGAGCCACUAGGUGGAGCCAACGAGCAAAGCCACAAUGGAACCAGGCCUAAAAGAAUGGCUCCACUGCCCAAGUAUCUAAAAAUGCACUACGUCAAGGAUGAGAUUAGUGAUGGGAAAUCGUCCCCAGAAACCAUCUCACUCCAGCAAGCGCUACACGAGUCAGUGUUCCCCCCCGGCAUCUCCGCCUCCCCCCCGCACAGAGUGGCUCUUUGCUGGGACAAACACUGCCAGCUGCUGCCCGAGGUCCUGGGGCUGACUGCCAAGAGAGUGGCCACUUGGAGCGCCGAGGAGGUGGCCGGUUUUGUCAAAGGACUCCCAGGAUGUAAAGAGCAUGCUGCUACUUUUAAAACAGAGCAAAUAGACGGCGAGGCCUUCCUGCUUCUCACCCAGGCGGACAUCGUUAAGAUCCUGUCCAUCAAGCUGGGACCGGCUCUGAAGAUCUACAACUCCAUCCUCAUGCUGAAGAACGCUGACGAAGAGUGAGACCCGACUUCAGGGGGAAUCCCUCCCGCCACGCCGGUCUCGACUCAAGUCUCAGAUCUGACCUUUUGUGAAAAAGAAGAGAAAAAAAGUCAAGUAGAACAAGGCCAAUUAGUUUCUCUGCAGUGGUGCAGCUACGAGAGGGAAGAGAAGAGAACGCCUUUGUCUGGAAGCUGCAGCGUCUCUCCCCUCUUCCUCUACGACGGCCAGCUUGGGAGAGCAUUUUAAGACACCGUGAAGAUUUACCAACCCGAGUUGUUUUGUUUACAGAAUCUUGAAAACAUGCCGGCGCCUUUAAGGCUUCUUAUCAUUGUACAGUUUACAGAUUGGCUUUAUUGUCCCAGUUGUUGGAUUUUUUUUGUUUGUAAAGUAAAGGUGCUGUGGCUCCGAGCAGGUACAACAAGUAUUAUUAUUAUUAUAAAUUUUCUGUUUGUUUCGUUUUGAGAAGCUGCAAAAUACAAUCGGAAAACAGCCAGAAGAUUUGUAAAAUGUGAAACCCAGAGGAGCAGAGGCACUUCAGCUUUUCUCCUAUAAAUUAGAGAGAGAUGACUGCUCAGCAGGCUCAAAGAGCAUCAGUGUUUUGGUCAUUUGGAGUUGGCAGGAGGCUCGAUUCAAAAAGAAUGCUUGAAACGGCGUCCUUGUUUGUGUGCAGAGAUGAUUAAGUGUAUUUGAGAAACGGCGAUGCAACGUCCCACUGUUCUGUGUGUGUUGCGUUUCUGGUCCGCGGAUCGUUUUGAGCCGAGCUGCGACGGCUGGCUCGGUAAAUCAAGGAACCGUUCCCGUCUAUAUGGAUGCUGAACCAGCUGUUUUUGUUUGGGUUUUUUUUUUUUCAUAGAAAAUACAUGAAUAUGAAUGUUAAACAACUUAAAGUUGUUUUGAUAUCCACCUCUUUGUUCCUGGUUCAAAUAAGCUCUGACUUUGAAUGUAAGUAGAGCUAAAAGAAGAAGCCUCUCUCUUUCUUCUGCCAGAGUUUAGUCCUGCUUUGUUAUGCAAAGACUAAUGAUCUUUCUGUACAGGCAAGAAGGACAUGAAGACCGUGAACUGACUAAGCUAGCAAUUGUAAUGGUAAGGGGAGAUUCCUUUGUAAAUAUGCCGCAGCAGGUCGGAUGUGUACAUCAGUAACGGUUCAUAUGCAAACAGCUUUUAUUUAUGUUUUGUAAAUUAUGGGAUAAUGGUACGCUGCUCUGCCUCCUCUGAUGGAACGUGUGAAUGGGAAACAAUAAAUGAGAUGCACACUG